GCGGGACGUUCAAAGCGUCGCUGUGGCUGGAAAGUAGAAAAAAAAACAGACGUGAGCGACGCGAGUGACGAUCAAUCCAGCGCGAGCGGCCGCAGGCAGCAGCUGUAGUCCCUCCCCAGGCCGGCGCGAGCUCAGGGAGCACGGGCCGCUAAAUGCUCCGGCCUCAGAGCGACGAUGGUGGCAGGCUGCUAAAGAUGGCGGCGCUCUCCGAGGACCGGAGCUACGGACUAGACUGUGGACGGGGGAGCCGCGCCAGAGUCACCGUGCUGCACGUCAAACUGACCGAGACGGCGCUGCGGGCCAUCGAGGGCUACCAGAACCAGAAUGCACCUUCUCUGCGGCCAUCAAUACAGUUCAAGGGACUCCAGGGGCGCAUUAAAAUUCCCAAGACCAAUUCUUCCUCAGACGCCUUCCAAAAUUUUGACUUCUACUUGUCUAACGUGGUCAAGGAUAACCCUCAGGGAAGCUUUGAGUGCAUUCAUCAGUAUGUGUCAAGCUCAGGGGCUUCACAGCUGGCAUUGCUGGCCACAGUACAGAACAAGAUCACUGUUUGUGCCACUAAUGACUCCUACCAGAUGACCCGGGAACGCAUGACCCAGGCUGUGGAGGACACACGUGAACGUGGGACCAAAGUCAUCAAGCCCGGGGGACAGUACAGAGGAAAGCAGGUCCUAAUACGCAAGCCUGCGCUCUCAACCACGGAGGUGGCCCCCGAGCGCAAGCGUUCCACACCCAUCAACCCAGCUAACACUAUCCGUAAGUGCCUUUCCAAUAACCCCGUGUCGCAGCGGCCGUUCCGGGACCGCAUCCUUCACCUGCUGGCGCUGAGGUCCUACAAGAAGCUGGAAGUGCUUGCUCGUUUACAGCGGGACGGCAUCAACCAGAAGGACCGAAACUCAUUAGGGACCACCCUGCAACAGGUGGCGAACCUGAACCCCAAAGACAACACGUAUUCGCUGAAGGACUUUAUUUAUCGUGACGUCCAGCGAGACUGGCCCGGCUACUCUGAAGAUGAGAAGUCCCAGGUUGACCGGAUCCUGGCUCGAAAAUUAGGUCUUCCUGCUGAAACACCCCCUUCCAACAGUUCUCCCAAAGAAAGUGGCCCAACAUCCCCACAGAAACGCCAAGCAGAUUUUGACUUCAUCGAUCCCUUGGCACCCAAAAAGGCCCGUAUCUCCCACCUCAGCAGUCGAGCCCCGGCUGCGGCAUCCUCCUCCUCUUCGUCUGAUCGCCGUGAAGAUGAGAGCAGCCCCGGCUUUAAACCCUCUCUGCCCUCCAUCACGUCCGGCCCUCCCACCCAUCUCCCCUUCUCAUCCCACCCCCCUGCACUCUCUCACCAGCAGCCCAGCCCGGCUUCUAACUCCAACUCACCCAGCACCCCGGAAGGCUGUGGCACCCAAGACCUGCCUAUGGACCAGAGCUCCUCCUGUACAGAUCCAUCACCCAGAUGCUUUUCCUCCGACAGAACUCUGCAGAACCAUUAUCGACACACAGCCCCCAGGCCACCCUCCUCCCCCAGCCCUCUUCCUCCUCGCACAUCGCUUACAGUUACUUCCACUGUCAUCACCAGCCCGACUUUGUCUAGCACUACAAACAAGAAGUUCAAAAAGAAAUCCAAGAAGCACAAAGACAAGAGGGAGAAAUGUACAAAAAGAGACGGCGGUAGUCCCCAAAGUGUACCAGAACAGGGCGAGGAGAGCGGUAAUUCCAAAAAGAAGCGCAUCACUGAGGAGGAGAAAAGUGACGUUAUCAACAAGAGUAUUAACAAAGUUAAAGACAAAGAAAAGCCAGUCCAGUCCUCUGAAUUCUCCUCCACAACUGAGACGCCUGACUAUGUAUUGAAGUACACACCGCUGGUUUCUAUGGACCAGCGUCAGAGCUACAAAGAUGACUUUAAUGCAGAGUAUGAUGAGUACCGCCUGCUGCACGCCCGUGUGGAGAACAUCACUCGCCACUUUACCCAGCUGGAUGCUCGGUGCCGAAAGCUGGCUCCUGGCACCAAAGAGUACCAGAAAGUGCAAGAAGAAGUGUUGAAAGAGUACAAGAAAAUGAAACAUCACAGCCCCAACUACCAUGAGGAAAAACAGCGAUGUGAGUACCUGCACAACAAGUUGGCCCACAUCAAGAGGCUAAUAGCCGACUUUGACCAGCGCAGAGCCCAGGCCUGGUGCUGAGAGCACAGCACACAAUGCCUUCACUAAUCAGUAUUGAACGUGGAGUGUCGAACCAAGAGGGGGUGUCCAACUGGGAAUUAUUUAUUAACACCCCCUCAGUUCCUGCCUCCACAUUAGCCUCCUGCCCACCUCCCUUCUCUCUGCUCCUCCAUUCCUUUGUUUUUGUUUUUUUUCCCCAGUAUUUGAUUCCACAGGCUUCUUCGUCUUGAAAGUCUAACUCUACCCCUCUUUCUAUAUAUUUUUUUUUUUAAAUGAGCUCCUAUUAAUUUUCAUACCGCUGGACCAGUGGAAGGGGCUGCCUGCAUGUGUACAUGAGUUUGGAGAGAAACUUAAACCUUUUGAAGGACUUUAUCUUGAGGCAAAAAAAGAACAAAAAUAUUUUUGAGUAUCAGAUAAAAUAUUAACAUGUAUUUAAGUAAAAAGAAAAGAGGGAGAUCUAUUUAUUUUGGGACUCAUAGUGCAAAGGAAGAGUCUGGAGAUGAUAUAUUGUUUAACUUUUCUUGAAAACAAUGCAAAAAAAAUAUACCGCGGGCCUUAUGUGUUUGACUUUGAAGCCAUUUUGCACGCAGAAUCCAUUAUGUCAUCUCAAUUUGUAUAGGUGUCUCUGCUGACUCACUUCCUCUCUUUUCGUACCAAACUUUGCUGGGUAACCUUAGUUCGACAGAAUUCUGUUGAUGCUGACGUUGAUGCUGAAAAGGAAGGAAAUGAGACAGGAAGGGGAAAUCACUUGAGCUGACGACAGUAUGUGUGCAUGGAUUGUAUAUUUAGUUGUAAUGGCCACUCGGUGUGGUGAGGGUGGGGUUUAUUAAAGGAGUGUGAUCCCCGUCGGUCGGGGACAGUGUUUUCUGCACCAACAGUGUUUGUGUUCAUGGUGCAUUAUCGGUGCCUUAUACACCGCGUUGGGCCACGUAGGCAUCAAAGGCUAUACCAAGGAA